AUUACAGCAAACACACACACACAGACCCUUCCCUGGGCUGAGGCAGCUCUCUGGCCACACUCGUGUGGUCGGUCUAUCCGAAAAAUCCUCACGACCUCUGUCCGGGUCCAUCGACGAGCGUUCCUCGAUCCUUCUCUGUUGUUGCGGCUCCUGCGACCCCUCCCCCCCCACUCCCGGAGCAAAGAUGUCGGGGAAGGAGAGGAUUGAGGUCUUUCCCUCUCGGAUGGUACAGACGAUAAUGAAGGCACGUUUGAAAGGUGCUCAGACUGGUCGUAAUUUACUAAAGAAGAAGUCUGAUGCCCUUACUCUUCGCUUCAGACAAAUCUUGAAAAAGAUUAUUGAGACUAAGACUCUGAUGGGUGAAGUAAUGAGGGAGGCAGCCUUUUCCUUGGCGGAAGCUAAGUUUACUGCUGGAGACUUCAGUACCACUGUGAUCCAGAAUGUGAACAAGGCACAAGUCAAGGUCCGAGCUAAGCGAGACAACGUAGCAGGUGUUACUCUGCCAGUGUUUGAACACUACCAUGAAGGAGGAGAUAGUUAUGAGCUGACUGGACUUGCCAGAGGCGGAGAACAGUUGGCUAAACUCAAGAGAAAUUAUGCAAAAGCAGUAGAGCUUUUGGUUGAACUGGCGUCACUGCAGACUUCAUUUGUGACAUUGGAUGAAGCUAUAAAGAUCACAAAUAGACGUGUAAAUGCCAUUGAACAUGUGAUCAUUCCUCGCAUUGAGCGUACCUUAUCGUACAUCAUAACUGAACUGGACGAGAGAGAAAGGGAGGAAUUUUAUAGGUUGAAAAAAAUCCAGGAGAAGAAAAAGAACUUGAAAGAGAAGCAAGAAAAAGAGCAGGAGAGUUAUAGGACAAUCCAUGGGCAUGAACCGGCCAACCUGCUGGAAGAAGAAAGGGAUGCAGAUCUGUUAUUUGACUAACUUCACCUGGAGGCUUUUCAAUUAGCUGCUUUUCCUUCAAAAAGCAAAUGUUUUGUUCUUGCCAUUUGUAUUGGUGUUUGAUGUAUGUUGGUUGACUUCAAUGCAAGAUAUUAAUCUAUCAAUCCAGACCUGAAUACUAGCCGGAUUAGGAGUUAACAGGCAUCUCAUUUUACAUAUAAAUGAAACAUUUCAAUUCUUGAAGUACUUUGUGUGGUUGUCAGUAAAUUGUAUUAUGAAUGUUUUCUAAUAUUCAGUUACUAUUAUUCAAGAAGGAUUUAUCAAGAGCCAAAUAAUAACAUUCCUGUGUGCAGUUUUGAGGCUGUACCAAGUGUUUGUUUGGAUUAAUAAUUAAAUUAUUUCUAAAAUC